ACAACACCAAUAUGCAUUGUCCGUUCGUAUUGUCAGAAGAGUGCAAAGAUUGGUGUGGUGCGAUUCGUCAGCAACAAAUUUUACUCGUCUUUUUUAGCCGUCCAAAACCUGGAUAAAUAGCUGUCCGAACCGUGAUUAAUUGGCUGCAUUGGAACGCAUAGUGACCACCGAUUACCUAUUACAACUUGAAGAAGGGGCCACCGGCUGAUAGACGCAUCAUAAUGGCAAAAAUGGCGUUUCAACACCAGGCGGGGACCGCGAUGGAGUGCCUCAGCAUUCCCAUCACCCUGCACAAGGAAAAAGAUGUAGACGAAGAAGGUCGCGAGGUGCUGAAGUGUGGUUUCAAAAUCGGUGGAGGCAUCGAUCAAGACUUUAAGAAAAGUCCUCAGGGAUAUACUGACUACGGUAUCUACGUAACGGAGGUCCACGAAGGAAGUCCCGCGGCAAAGUCCGGCCUGCGAAUGCAUGAUAAAAUUUUACAAUGCAACGGGUACGACUUCACCAUGGUUACCCACAAGAAGGCCGUCAGCUAUAUUAGGAAAAACCCGGUGCUUAAUCUGCUGGUGGCGCGAAAGGGAGUUACCUCAACCUAAACACACACAACUAUACAACAUCACGUCGCUGAGCCGAAGGCGUAGACUUUUUGUUACAAUUAGGUAUUACUACUAUUAGAUCGUAUAUAUUAGCUUUUAGUGGAUAUAUGUAUGGCACCGCUGCCGGAUAGGUCAUCAUGCCCGUGUUAGAGUAUAAUUUCGAAGAAAGUUUUGAACGGUGCAUUCGCUAGCUUUUUUAUGAAGAUUACAUUAUUCAUUACACAGCAAACCUUGACACAAAAAAUGGUAGAUUGAGCAGCUGAGAAACCUCCACAAGAUUAUUACCAAAAUCCUUAGCUGUAGGGUCAUUCGAUUUUUCUCUAUGCUAGUUUGGGUAUGCAUACACUACAGGGAAUUAGCUCUCUAUUGCGUUUACUUUUGAUUUUAAUAAACUUUAUUCAAUGUUUCGUUGUAGGUUUAACUUAGUAAGCAGUCUUUUAAAGCUAAACUCAAUCAACUACGUAAUAAUUUUCUUCAUCAACAAUCAUUGAAAUCAUUGUUUUAUGACUUCUAGGGAUUAUAAGAAAUAGGUAUCUCAAUGUUUGGAAAACCUUUAUUUUUACUGAUGAUGAAUAUUGUGUGAAAAAAUGAGAUUUAUUCAGUUCUUAAAAAAUAUAAAACAAGAAUGAGCCGUUUGUUUUUGCAAUGGUCCAAACAAUCUCCAUAUCGUAACAGUGUAUUCAGAAGUCUUCCAGAAGUUCAUUUCAAAAUUAGUUAAAAAUGUAUGUCUUGGAGUAAAGUAUUCAGCAUCUUACUCUAACAGGAAUUCAUGUUCACCUCUUAAUGAUAUGUUGAAUGCAACAAUCGUUGCUAAUUUCGAAUUUGCCUAGCAUAGAGAAGAGUCGCAAAUGUCCCAUCAAUUCUAACUAAUUGAAACAAGGAAGCCGAACAUUCGUAAUAGAUAAGAAGUAACUGUUUAUCUAAUUUUAUAUAGCCUUAAAUGGGAAUGAAUGCAUGCCAAAGUAAA